AUGGGGUCAGAGACGUGGCAUUAUCUGGUGCUGUUCACCGUUGUAAUACUGCGUUUCGGCGAGACGACUGUCUGGGGCCUUCGGUACCAAGGGGCCGACGACUGGAACUCACUAGCAGCCGACGCGCCUCAUGUCGCCUCAGAGCCGGCAGAGAGUGGCAAUGCAGCCUCUUGGGCACUCCAGUCUUUUUUUCAAGCUUCCACAGGCAAAGCGGCCAAUGGAAGUCCCAGGCGAGGCCUGAGACACCGAGUUGCCGCCGGAUUUAGGCGGCUGGGGGACCGAGCACGCAGAGCUCUAGGUCGGAUCAGAGGUCACCGCGGAAGGCAUCCACGUUCUGAUCGUCAUGCUGCGAGUGAAUCAAAUCUUUUGGGUACCGGAGGUACUUUCACGGCUACAGGGGUUGCAGCCUCGACUACUUCGCUACCUGACCUUCCAGGCCAGGCGAGAGAUACGUCCUCAGAGCAACCAACCAAAUCUGAAACGACCAGCAAGGAUGGCGAAACUCCAGGACAACCCACCCAGCCUAAGCAGACUGGCAAGGAAGGAGAUGUUUCGCCACAGUCGGUACCCAGAGCUCCUCUGCCAGUGCCUACACGGAGCCCCAGCCAAGUAAUUACUGCUCUAAAGGAAACGUCCGGCCAGUUAGAAGACGUGGGAGGCAAGCAUAAAGAGGGCACUGACGACGAUACCCAGAAGCAUAAUGCAUGGCUAAAAACCGUAGCUGUGCGAUGGCUGAGUGAACACUGUGACAAUUUGGAUCAAGCUCGGAGCCAUCUGGAGAGCGCCGACAUGGAUGAACAUACGCGCAAGCAGGUCUCUGCAGCUUUACACCGGGGACUUCAUGCUCGCGAUUUAGUACACACCAAACUUGGAGUAGAGUACCCGCUGGACGGCUGCGGCGGGCCUUCGCCACAAUCGCCACCAGAAACUCCACCGGCUACUAAGCCGACACCGGCUCAUCCAGGCCAGUCCCCCAAAACUCCACCGGCUACUAAGCCGACACCUGUCCCUUCGCCGGGGUCGGUACCCAGAGCUCCUCUGCCAGUGCCUACACGGAGCCCCAGCCAAGUAAUUACUGCUCUAAAGGAAACGUCCGGCCAGUUAGAAGACGUGGGAGGCAAGCAUAAAGAGGGCACUGACGACGAUACCCAGAAGCAUAAUGCAUGGCUAAAAACCGUAGCUGUGCGAUGGCUGAGUGAACACUGUGACAAUUUGGAUCAAGCUCGGAGCCAUCUGGAGAGCGCCGACAUGGAUGAACAUACGCGCAAGCAGGUCUCUGCAGCUUUACACCGGGGACUUCAUGCUCGCGAUUUAGUACACACCAAACUUGGAGUAGAGUACCCGCUGGACGGCUGCGGCGGGCCUUCGCCACAAUCGCCACCAGAAACUCCACCGGCUACUAAGCCGACACCGGCUCAUCCAGGCCAGUCCCCCAAAACUCCACCGGCUACUAAGCCGACGCCUGUCCCUUCGCCGGAGUCGGUACCCAGAGCCCCUCUGCCACAGCCGUCUCGAACGCCCAGUGAAGUGGUCAAUAGAAUGAAUCAGUCGUCCAUGACGUUACAAUCCUUCGCAAGCCAGGCGUACCGGGGUACUGACCCCGAGAAACUCAAGAACAAUGAAUCGCUCAAACAUAAAGCAACGGCGUACAGGAAUGACCACUGCGAUGAUAUUGACGAAGCAAAAGCCCUUCUGGCCCGUAAUGACAUGCGUCAGAGGGAGAGCUUUCGGGUCGCUGCAGCCCUUGAUCGGGCAAGGCAAGCUCGCGAUGCAGUUAAGGAAAAGCUUGGAGUAGAGUUCCCGUCGGAUCGGUGCCAGUGA